AUGGCCUCCCCUAGUGUUCUCACCUUUGACGCUGAGGGUCGGGCAGUUGACUUUGAGGUCUGGGUAGAUGAUCUGCAGCUUUUCCUAGAGUGCGAUAGGGCAGACGGUCUCUCCCUGUUCGACCUCACUUCUGGUGCCUCUUCCCUGACCUUGCUGCCUUUCCCACAGGACCACUUCCUCUCAGUUUGCCCCACCACUCUCACCGUUGACCUCCUCAAGAAGGCCCUCCUAGCGGCAGAGAAGAGCAUAGUCGCUGUAGGAGCCUCUCGUGGUGACCCUCGCACUCCCGUCUUUGAGGGGUGUUCUCCCUCCCCCCUCUUGCCCUCUGUUGCCUCUGCCGCUGCGGCCGACCUCGUUGGCUUCGAGCCGGUCGGCGCUGCGUCUGCCCCGAGCGGGAAACGCCGCACCGGCAAGGGCAAGGGGGGCAAGGGCGCUGGAGCGGAUGGAGGGAGCGGUGGAGGUGGUGGUGGAGGCAGUGGAGGGAGUGGGGGUGGUGGUGGGAGUAGUGCCGGGGGUGGCGGCGGCGGCGGCAACAGUGGAGGCGGCGGAGGCGGUGGUGGUGGCGGAGGGAGCGGAGGCGGUGGAGGUGGCGGAGGAGGCGGAGGCAGCGGAGGAGGCGGCGGAGGCGGCGGUGGUGGAGCGGGUCGCAACUCUGCGCAGAGGAGUGGCUCCGGUGGUGGUCCGCGCCAGCAGCAGCGGAGUGGUGUGACCCUGUCCCCUCAGCAGCUUCAUGAGUGGUACACUGCGCGUCAGCGCGGUGGGGGUUUUGGUCCCUGCACUUACGUCCUCCGUACCGGCGACCGAGCUGGUGAGCAGUGCGGAGGCUCGCACUCCACCCAGCGCUGCUUGGGUCGCCUGACGGAUGCGUGGCGUUGCCAAUUCCCUGAGGCGUCAGAGAUCCCUCGCUGGGGAGAUCUGUCUAGGGCGGGGGUUGCUGUCUUUGAUCUUGACUAUGAUGCUAUCCUUGCUGCCAUGUAUGCUGUGACUACUAGUGUUGAGGGUGACUCUUACCUGUGUGUACCGCCUGACCUGGGCAUUGAGGCCACUGCUCUAGGUGCUGGUGAGGCUGCUGCUCUAGGUGCUAGUGCGUCUGCUGCCCCAGGUGCCAGUGCGUCUGCUACCCUAGGUGCCAGUGCGUCUGCUGCCCCAGGUGCUGGUGAGUCUGCUCUCUUAGGUACUACGUCGGCUCAGGCCUUCCACACCUUCACCCUUGACUCGGGUGCGUCCCGCUCCUUCUUUCGAGACUGCACCACUCUUACGCCGCUCAGUCGGCCGGUUGCAGUCUCCCUGGCAGACCCUUCAGGGGGUCCUGUCCUUGCUAGCUUCUCCACUGUCUUACCGUGCCCGGCAGCCCCCUCUGGCACCCUGUCAGAUAUCUGA